UUACUUUUCAAAAUUAAAUUGAGUAUUUAAAACAAAAAUAGAACAUUAGUAUUUCUCGGCUUUAGUCACCAAAUUCAAGUAGAAACCAAAAGAGUCUCAAAUGUACAGAUGUGCAACGAUAACCGGAAAGAUCUUCUCAACCCAAGAUGAGGACGAGCGCCAACAAUUCCGAUCUCUUGGAUGUGGCAACGCCGCGACACUCGCUGCUCUCGGGUCGCUUUAAGCAGAGCUUCGCCUAUGUGGCGCUGCAAGCCCGAAUGCCUGGCAUUAUGCAGCAGGUGAUAAACACGCUGCACAGUAACGAACACGAGCUGGUGAAGAAGCAUGGCGAAGAGGUGUGGAAGGACAUUCAAGUGAUCACGCACAACAUCGAGAGAUUGAAGCGAGAACUGAGCAACGAUCGGAGAUUCACUCUGUUCCAUGGCAACGAGGUGGACAAGGCCGAAUGGAAUGCAUUCCUAUCUGAGUUGCCGCAUCCGAAGCGUUCGUAUUUCAGGGCUUCCUGGCUACAUGCCGAGUGUUAUCUGUACAGGCGACUCUAUUCGUUCUUUGAGAACAGCAAGCACCUGCGAAACUUUGACUAUUUUCUGGACCUCAAGCAGGAGGAUUUGCGGAUCAGUGAGCUGGCCAUCACUUGCCUAGCGAAGGCAACACGAAAUCUGAGCAAAUCCUUUGACAAUUUCGGCAAACUUGUGCGCAUCAAUUUGUGGAGCAAUCACUUUGACAUACAGCUAAAUUCCUAUUACUUCAGCACCCUCGAAGAUCGCUCGGAUAUCAAUGUGUUGACUUCGGUGGCGGAUCUGGACAAGCGGCUGUUGGUCGACGAGUCGCUGCUGGUGUGGAAUUGCCUGAUGAAGGCCAAGAGCAACAAGGAAAUCAUUGUCGAUUACAUUUGCGAUAAUGCUGGCUUUGAGCUAUUCACCGAUUUUCUGCUCAUGGAAUACAUGCUCGAUCAUGGCCUGGCUACCCAGGUGCGAAUGCAUGUCAAGGCAAUACCCUGGUAUAUAUCCGAUGUGAUGCCGCACGAUGUGGAAUGGACCCUCAAGUAUUUGAUGGAUCACAAAGAUGAGUGUGUCUCCGGUCUGGGUUGGAAACUGAACCGAAUGCUCGCCGAGCAACGCAUUGUGAUAUCCCCGCCAUCGUAUUUCUGGACUGGACCACAAGCGUACUUUGUGAUGGUCGACUGCAGCAUCGGUUUGUACAAGCUGCUCUCACAGGCGGCGGUGGCCAUCUUCAAGGGUGAUCUCAACUAUCGCAAGUUGCUCGGUGAUUAUAUUUGGGACUCCACUGAGGAGUUUAUCACAUGCUUGCGCGGCUUUCGACCUACGAAUAUGUGUGCAAUGCGCACUGUGAAGUGCGAAGUGAUCUGCGGUUUAAGCGAGGGCACUGCGGAUCGUUUGUUGCACACCGAUCCCAACUGGAUGAUCUCGGGCACUUACGGAGUUAUUCAAUACACCGAUAGCCUGAAGUGCAAAUGUGAUUGCUUGCACUUGACCGCAAGUUGCAUGGAUAAGUCCUUGAUGUGCGCCAAGUGAGGUGUCGGCAUUGAUAAUCAGCACUCUUCUAUUUUUUUUUUUUUCAUUUUCAUUACUGUUUUUUUUUUUCUAUUUUCACAAAUUGCUACCGCAGCUGGGGGAAGUUGACUAUGUCUUAAUUUGCAUUACGCUGCCAGCGUAGAAAACUCACAAUGCCCAAAAUAAAUGAUUCCAAAUUUGUCAGCGCACUUUGCCCAAAUCAAACUA